AUGGCGGACGGCCUGCCUGAGGGCUUCCCAUCAGGUUACGCCCUCGACUUGGCAGAAAGAGUCAAGGCCUGUGACCUACUGCUCGAAACCAUGGCACAGGUCUUGCACACAGAAACAACCGGCCGACCAAGCCUAUCGCGUCCCUCACCUACCUCCAGCGCACGUACCACGGCAGGGAGACUCAAGGCAGCCACGAGCCUGCUGUCCAAACCUCCGCAGCAGACCGCGAGCAACGCUGGUCCAAGGCUCCGGGCACGAAGGGCGCAAAACUUCCUACCAAAAAAGCGCCCAGUAACAAAAAGGCAGACAGCCGCCGCCGCCAUUUUAGGGACCCCCGCCAUCCUACAGAACCAGUGUCCGUGCCAGGAGACAGAAAUUCAAGCCAGCAGCAGUAAUGAGGUUGGCUAUCCAGAAAAGACAGAAUGUGAGCUGUCUCUCUCCCCUCAGAAGAGUGACGCAGCCAGCAGUGGUUCUUUUCCCAUCACUGAAACGUGGUCCCCCACCUCCUCCUCGUCAUGGUCACACAACACGCUGGCCUCCUCUUCCAACACCUCUGUAGAAGAGAGCAGCCCGGAACAGAAGGAGCAGGGCUCCUUCUCCCCUUCGAUCACUGACGACACAGGGACAGCUGGAAAAGUAGCCCUCUCUACCCCAUAA